CAGUGUCAGAACACAACACGAAACCGGUCAGUCAGCGUCUUGCCAGAAGGAAGAACGAAUAUUUACUUCAUUCUUCUCUUAAAUAUUCUUUCCGUCUGUGAAAUGACACGCAAUUUUUACAUAAUAUUUUUAGAAAUCUUUUAAUCAAUCUUUAAAAAUAAUCUUUGAUCAUCUUUGUGACAGUGUACAAAAAGCGUUUAGUGUUUAAUAAUUUUUUUUAUCAUAUAACAAUGGGUGAAAUAAUCUUUAAAAUUUAAUAAUAAUUCUUAGAACGAAUAAACUUCACCAUGUUUAGAAAUCAUAAAAGAAUCACUAUCCAAAUUUUGAAAUAUGUUAUUGGCUGUGGCUUGAUCUUUUGCAUCAUAAAAUCGUUACUCGUGGGAGAUGAAAAUAAAGAAAUACCAAAGUUCAAUGAUCUGGAGAAAUUACUGAUUACAACAGAUGUGGAGAAUUCAAAGCGGUUGUUGACCGUGAGAAACACGUGUAAAAAAUAUAAUCUAGGGAUGUACAAAAAUCCUGAUAAGCCUUCUGCAUUUAAACAUCCACCAGCACCGCAGUAUAGUGUUUUUUACAUUCUCAGAUCACGCGAUCUUUCAUACUGUCCAAUUUACAAAGCCGGCAGUACAACGUGGAUUUACAAUUUAUGUCUCCUAAUGAACGUGAGGGAGGAGGAGUUAAACAGUGGAAAGGAGCAGAUAUCGACCAUCGCCAGAAAGGCGAUACCGGAACUCGAGUUUCCAGAAGCGGACGAGGCGCUAAGAGCGACGAAGAAACUACUGGUAGUAAGGCACCCAUUUGAAAGAUUGCUGAGCGCGUAUCGCGAUAAGCUGGAAAACUCUGUGGCUGGAAGGGAACACGGGACACUUCACUUUUAUCGGAAGUACGGCAGCAAGAUUGUUGAAAAGUACCGUGAGACGAAUUUCAUGCCGCCUGGAGAAGAUCUGGUAAUCAGACGAAACGGUGAACCUCCACCAGCGGGAAUCGAGCCAACUUUCCGCGAAUUUGUGCAAUACUUAAUUCACACUGAUUUGGCUAAUUAUGGAGAUGAUCAUUGGAUGCCGUAUUAUUUGUACUGCACGCCUUGUGCAAUUGAUUACGACAUUCUUGCGAAGGUAGAAACAUUAUGGCAGGAUCAGAUUUAUACGAUCCAUAAGUUGCAUCUUGAAGAUGUGAUUAAACCAAGAUGGCGACAUAGUGGUGGUUAUCAGAAUGCAUCGAAAAUAUAUUUUGGUCAGUUGAACAGAGAACUGGUACAAAAGUUUUAUGAAAAAUUUAAGCUGGAUUUCGAGCUUUUCGAUUAUUCGCCAGACGACUAUUACCAAUACGCAACAGCUUCUUAAAAUUCUAUAAUAAAUUUUUCUAUAGAAACGAGA